UUCUCAUGAUAACGACAUUAUAAUCCGACAGUUAGUAUUGGGUAAAGAAAUGUGUGUAUACGCCCCUUGUGACUCGUAUAAACAAGGGCACAUGUCUGGGUAGUUCACUGAUCUGCUACAACAUGGCACACGUGCACUUCUCUGCUGCGGAAGCUUUGCGCCAGGUUCAGGAAAGCCUUGAACUGGAGAGCGAUGAAAACGACAACUUCUCCUCGGAUGAAAACAGUGAGGACAGCGAGGAAGAACGUUGCCACUUUGAGCAGCAACUCGAUGCCGUGGAAGACAAUUCUGAUGAAGACACAGAGAACAUUCCUGUGACUAAGAAACCACGUUGUCAACUAAAUCAGACACCACUGUCAUGGAAGGGAGAAAGCGAUGGCGAUGUGGCUCCAUCGCCGCUGCGGUUUCGUCCUGCUAGGGAGCCUGGCGUACAGCUAAACAGAAGCGACAGUUACACUCCUGCAAGUCUCUUCAAGUUGUUCUUUUCGGAGGAUGCCGUGAACACCCUCUGCCAGAACACUAACAAACAGGCUGCCAGGAAUGUUGCAAGAGGGACAAAGUACAGAUGGGUGGACAUUGGAGUCGCUGAGUUCUACAAAUACAUUGGACUGAUAUUCUACAUGGCCAUGAUGAAGUUGGGUCAUGUAAGAGACUACUGGCGGAGAAACAACAUCUUUUCCGUUCCUUUCCCGUCACUGGUGAUGUCGAGGGACAGGUACCGGACAAUAUCCUGGAAUGUUCACUUGAGCGACCCAGAUGAGGACAGACAGAAUGAUGCCAAGAAGGGAACCUCAGAUCACGACAGACUGUUCCGGAUCAAGCCCCUCAUGUACACUAUUCAGAAUGCCUCUAAGGCAUUCUAUCAUCCUCACAGAUGUCUUGCUGUGGAUGAAUGGAUGGUGCCUCGCAAAGGACAUACUGGCAUGACACAGUACAUGAGGAACAAACCGAUCAAGUGGGGUUUCAAGCUGUAUGUGCUCGCAGAUUCCAGCAAUGGGUAUACUGUGGACUUCUCAGUAUACACUGGAAAGAACAACUUCCCCACUGGCCAGGGACUUAUGACUCUGUCAUGUCACUGACCGAUAGAUGUUUUUUGGGGUCUGGGUACCAUGUAUAUAUGGACAACUUCUACACAAGUCCAAAACUUUUCAAGGACUUAUAUGCGUCUAAGUUUGGUGCUUGUGGAACUUAUAGAGAGUUUAGGAAGGACUGUCCACGUAGUGCCAUCAAUGCACUAACAAAGAAGUCGCCCAGAGGGAUGUACCGCUGGAUAAGGGACGGGCCUCUUCUCUUUGUGAAGUGGAAGGACACAAGAGAGGUGUCCGUCUGCUCCACCAUUCAUAACGCCUAUGCUGGGGAUACGGUACAAAGGAAAGUUAAAUCCAA